AUGGCGUCCUCCAGUCUAUCAUCACUGCGAGCAUGCGCACUCACAUGCUUCUGUCUUUUCCUGCAGCAUGUUUCGGCCUACGUGGGAAGUGCCACGGUAUCUAGCACGAUCCUGGUCAUUGCACGCGAUUCGACUGCCGCUACCAAUAGCGCUACACUUGGCCUUCAAGGUUACGGCAUCCCCUAUGAGAUCGUCACUGUUCCUCAGGCUGGCAUCACAAAUCUUCCUUUGCUCAACUCCUCAGCGAAUCAUGGCAACUACGGUGGCAUUGUUACCGUAAGCGAAGUGGGAUAUAACUAUGGAGAUCAGUAUUACAGCGCGCUUACCAGGAGGCAAUGGAACGAUCUGUAUGCGUAUCAGACCAACUUCGGUGUGCGAAUGGUCCGUCUCGAUGUUUUUCCCACUGCCGACUUUGGGGUUUCCAGCAAUGGUGGUAAUUUGAACGAUGAGCCGGUAUCCUUCACAAACACGACCGGAUUUACCGCGGCUAACCUGAAACCUAACGUAAAUGUGAGCAUCGCGAACAUCUACCACUCUCCUGCAACGAUUGUAAACUCUUCAAUGGCAUGGGAAUUCGCCAAGUUUUCGGGCAGUGGAACUGCUGCAGUCAUCAACCAGAUAGGCCCUCGCCAGCAAAUGGUAUGGUUUUUGCCUUUUGCCCUAGAUUGGGCACCCUCAAGCAACAUCCUCCAACACGCAUGGAUUACCUGGAUUACAAGAGGCCUUUUCGUCGGUUUCAGGAGAAUCUAUCUUAGCACACAAGUGGACGAUAUGUUCUUGGAGACGCCCAUGUACCGACCAGCAGGCCAGAACUAUCGCGCUAAGCCGGAUGACCUUUCGAUGCAUGUCACCUGGCAGACCAACCUGAAUUCAAAGAUGCCUGCAGGGUCCGAAUUCUUUAUAGAGAUCGGGCACAACGGUAAUGGCGAUAUAGAGGCCUCUACGGACACGAAUGAGGGCGCGUCGCUUUGUAGUCCUUCAUACGCAAUCGAGUACCCUGAUCAAAAGGACGGUAGCCCGGAAUACCAGAAGCCUCCUGGUACUGGCACUAACAUCUGGCCUGCUACGCCUUCCCAGUAUACAUGGAGUCUUGAGUGUGCGGAACUCGAUGAACUAGAGAACUGGUUCGCUGAUGAGGAGCAACGCGACGCCUUCGCGCACAUCUCGCAUACCUUUUCACAUGCUGAUUUAACCAACGCAACAUACUCGGACGCGUCGAAGGAGAUCUCGUUCAACCAAGCUUGGCUGAAACAGGUCGGACUUGAUGCUGCUCAACGCUGGAGUGGAAAGGGCAUCAUCCCGCCCGCUAUCACAGGUCUGCACAACGCAGAUGCUAUCAAGGGCUGGAUGGACAAUGGUAUCGUCAACGUGGUGGGAGACAACACGCGUCCAGUCCUUCGCAAUCAACAAAAUACCUUCUGGUCAUUGACGACCAAUGUGCAGAACAACGGUUAUGCAGGACUCAACGUCAUGCCACGUUGGGCUACACUCAUUUACUACAAUUGCGAUCUCCCAGCUUGCACGUUGCAGGAGUGGAUUGAUACCUCGGCAGGCAAGGGGACAUUUGACGAUCUCAUGAUCAAUUCUCGAGACACUGCAAUGCGCAAUCUCUUCGGCUUGCACUGGGACCCGUACAUGUUCCACCAGGCCAAUAUGCGCGUCAACGACGUUCCAACUACCACCGUGAACGGCAAGAGUGGGCAGUACUCACUACUUAUGACAUGGAUCGAAGUCAUUUCGGCAGAGAUGAUGCGCCUCACCACCUGGCCGUUCAAAACCCUCAAGCACGACGACCUUGCGCAACAGUUCAUCAACCGACAAACUCGCGACCUAUGCCGACCCAGCUUGACCUGGACAACAUCCACCAACGGCGCCAACAUCGAGUCUGUUAAUGUGUACACUGCAGGCGGCAACAAAUGUGGAACGACGAUACCCAUCACCGUCCCGGGAGCUGUGGCAAGCACAACCGGUGCAACAAAAGAACAGCUAGGCAGUGACCCGCUCACAUUAUGGGUGACAAUGAGUGGCGCGAGCAGGCAGUACAAGUUCUCAAAGUCUAUUCCGUUGUAA